ACUCAAGAGCGUGUUGUUGCCUUCAACGAAAGGUCGGAGAUCGCCAACGCAACACUUCCUUGCUCAACGAACACACCUCAUUGCAUUCUUUACGACGUACGAUAGAUAUCAUACAAUAGAUAGAAAAAGAAGACACUACACAAUGACACUCAAAUCGGACAUGCUGCGUGCGUUGGAGGACGACGCCAACGACAAUUUGAAAGAUGUCACGCUAGUGGGUUCCGAUGGCGGCCGUGUGUCUGCCAACAAGGCCGUGUUGGCCAUUCGAAGUCCCGUCUUUCAGCGCAUGUUCUUUGGAAACUUUCAAGAACGAGACAGCGACGAAGUCAAAAUGGACAAUUAUCCGUCGAUUGUCUUGCAAGUCGUCGUCAAGUACUGUUAUGUGGAUGAAUUGGAUUUGGAUCUCAUUUAUUCGGAUGAUCAUAAUAACAACAAGACGAAUACUACAGCCAAUACAAACCAGGAUGAACAAGAUGAAGAAGAAGAGGAGGAAGUGGAUCGAUUGACGGACGCUGAAGCCGUGGCACUGGUGCAAGUGCGCGAUGCGGCCAACUAUUUGGAGCUCUUUGAACUGCACAAGACGAUUUCGAAUGAAUUGGGAGAAUCCAUUCUGUCGACAGAUGUAGGAUUGGAGAAUCAACGCAAAGACUUGGCAUGUGUCUGUGCCGUUCUACAGGAACUCAUGGCACGAGGAGGAUCCGAUGGAUCGCUCUUUCUCACAUUGCUCGACUUGGUGGAAACCCAUCCCGAACCGUGUCUACUUCCCAAGUUUUCCACCACGCACAAUCAAGGCAUUCUCGCCUGUUCGUUGGCGCUGCUUGAACGACUCUUGCAAUCCCCAUCGGUCAACGCCUUUGUCGCCGUCAAGGCAUUGCAAAAGUGGAAUAAGGAACACAACCAAAACAGUAGUGAGGAUGACGACGAUGAAGAAUUGACGCAACUCCAAACGAUUGCCAAUGGCGUCCAAUUGGAACAACUGUCGGCGCCACAAUUGGCCGAAAUUCCACCCUGUUCGCUCUUUUCCAUGGAACGACUCUACAAGGCUUUCGUGUCGCUCUCCAAAAGUCACGGGCCUUCUCCCAAACCAUCGCCUCCAUUUGUCGCCAGGAGUGCCACGGCUUUUACGUUUGGAAACAGCAGCAGUCCCAACAGCAGUAGCUGCAACCAGAAUAGCCCGGACCGCACCGCCAAGACGGCCACCAUUCGUGGCGCCGGCGUGGAAUGUGUCAAUGGUGUCUAUCAUCUCGUCGGUCUCAGUAGUAGUUACCAACGACGUGGAACCUACGGCGAUCUCGCCGGGUGUUUUCUCUUGGAACGAGCGGGUGUAUCGGGUGCUUGGAAAAUUGUCUUUGAAAGCGAAACGACCGAACAAACCAACAAAUUCUUCAACAAAUUUUGUCUCUACGAAUCGACAUCUAUUAGUAACAACAAACCCGGCAUUCCGCCGUUUGCACUCUGGAGGUGUCUCGAUGGCAAAGAUCCGACGCCCUAUGUCAGCGUACAAGUCAAAAUGGCAGAUCCCUUUGCCGCGGCGCAUUGUUACUCCAUGGGGGGUGGUGCUGCCAACGCUAGCACUAGUGAUAACAAUCCGCUGCCGGAUGCACCAUCAUCGGCACAAGUGCAAAUGGCAGAAGCCUUUCGGGCUCAGCUGGCCGUGGCCAACCAGAAUAGUAACAACAACAACAAUGUGGAUGGCGAUUACAAUCGUCAAGUGCGACGUCGCAACGUGAGAGGACGCCGACAACGUGAUAAUUGAUAUAUUGCUGACACAACAUAACAUUGGAAGGACGAGUUUCUUUGCGACUUAUGGUGAAGAAGUCUCGAAAAGAGUUCCAUCAUCGUCUUGGCAGGUUCCACCAUAAUGACCGAAAGGAUUAGAGCAUCUAUGAUGCAUAGGUAGUUUGCAAUGGUAAACACAUAAUUGCAUUUUUGUAC